AUACUGCCCGCCCCAGGUACUUACUUACAGAUACCUCAUAGUAUCGAAACCAUGACAGAAAGGAAAGUGUCAUCAACCCCAGACUCGGUAUCCUUUGUCAAUCUGAUCAGUAUCACAAACACCGAUCAUCUGCCAGAGUCUCGGGAGGUACGUACGUCAGGCCCGCUCCGCCGUGCCGGGAUGAAGCCUCUCCCAUCCCAAAUCACUCAAAAUGGCCCCCUCCUUCCACAUCACAUCCGCCCACCCAACCCUCCACUGGUCCAGCAAAACCAAACCCAUCCUCACAGUGCCCCCCAACGAACCCGUAACCUUUGACCUAGCAGACUCCUCCGGCGGCCAAAUCACACCCACCACAACAACCACCCACCUCGCGACCCUAGACCUCGCAACCUUUGACCCAAUCUACGGCCCCGUCUCCAUCAAAGGCGCAUCCCCCGGCUCCGUCCUCGAAAUCGAAUUCCUCUCCUUGACCCCCUCCUCCGGCUGGGGCUGGACCGCAAUCCUCCCAGGCUUCGGGCUCCUCGCCGAUGAAUUCCCAAACCACGUCAUAAAACACUUCCAAUGGGACGACGACGCGACGCACAUCGUGUUCAAACCAGGGAUCAAAGUCCCACUCCGUCCGUUCCUGGGAAUCUCUGGCGUAGCACCGGCCGAAGAGGGGCCGUUCUCGACGAUUCCGCCGUUGGAGACGGGCGGGAAUGUAGAUUGCAAACACAUCACGGCCGGCACGAAACUCUACCUCCCCAUCCGCGUCCCCGGCGCGAAUUUCUCCUGCGGGGAUGGGCAUGCGGCGCAAGGGGACGGGGAAGUCUGCGGCACCGCCAUCGAGACGCCCAUGAAAGCUACUAUCCGCUUUAACAUCCGUGAGGAUAUGCCCUACGUCACGAGUCCGCACUAUGAUACGCGCGGGUCGGCGCAUGCGAGGGCCCAUCGGGCAGAGGAUGGUGGCGUGUAUGCGGUGCUGGGCAUCGAUUCCGACUUGUUGGAGGCGAGUAGGAAGGCGUUGAGGGCGUUGAUUGCGUAUCUUGUUGCGACGAGGGGGCUUGAGAGGGAGGAGGCGUAUAUGUUGUGCAGUAUCGCCGCCGAUUUGAAGAUUGCGGAGAUUGUGGAUAUGCCGAAUUUUGCGGUGUCUGCGAGUAUUCCGUAUCCUAUUUUUGAGGACGAGCCUUGAUCUGUUUACCCAACCAUUCUUUUAAAAGUACAAAACGACAUUCCGACAGCGAUAUCUCUCCUUCAUACAAACCCCCCAUAUCAUCAAGGAUGUACAAUUAUCAU